AUGGCACCUAUAGAAUCAGAUAGUCUUCUGCCAGCCAGUGCUGCCAACGUUAAAGAUAUAGAUUCAUACAUUGAUACUGUAAAUAAACUUAGCAACUGUAUUUCAAACGCUAUUAACGAGGGAAAAAAAAGCGUCACUGCCGUCAACAAAAAAAAAAAAUUAGUAGUAUUAGCAGCAGAGGAAAUACGUAGAUGUACCUCUACACUUGCCAUCUUGAAGUCAGUAGAAACGCCUGCUCUAGACGAAACAUUUAAAAGCGAAAUUGUAACAAGUGUUCGCAAAGAAAUAGAACAAUUAAAAACUGUAUUAGCACCUUCUGUUUUGCCCGUAAAAGCAACUUAUGCUAACGUUGUCGCAUCCAAAACAUAUAAGCCAUCGAUAAUAAUACAAUCGACAGAUCCCAACACUAAGCCACAAGAAGUACUAAAUAAGUGGAGGAAAAGUGUAUCCUUCAAGAAGGAAACUUACGCACCAGCUAAGGUACAAACGGGAUUUAACGGGAAAGUAAGAAUAGAAUUUGAUACCAAGUCACAGUGUCAAGAAACUAUAGCACGCAUCAAUAAAGUAGAAGGAUUGCAAGCAGAAGAAAGUAAAAGACGUCCACCAUUAGUUAUACUCAAGGGCAUAUCGAAAUACAUAGAAAAGAACGAGUUAAUUGAUAUAAUUGAACAUCAAAACUCUCUACCCAAAGGCAACAUUCGUCUCUGCUUUGCUACUUCAAAUAGAAACGAAAACCUAUACAACGCUGUUUUCGAAGUGAAACCGGAAUUAUACAAGAGUGUUAUUCUUAUUGGACGCAUUGCGAUUGACCACCAGCGAGUUCACAUAGAGCCGUAUUCCCGAUUCGUACAGUGCUAUAAGUGUUUACUGUUCGGCCACACGAAAAAUAAGUGCACUUCAGAAACCAACCGCUGUGCACACUGUGCUUCUGAAGAACAUAACAUCACUUCUUGUCCCUUUAAGGAAACAGAAAAUAAACGGAAGUGUUUCAAUUGUCACAACUUUAACAUUAAGAGCAAUAGCAAAGUCGAUACAAAUCAUAUAGCGACAAACGCUAAACUGUGCCUUCGAAUUAAAACUCUUAAAAAUAAAAUUGACGAACAGACUGAUUAUGGACAAUAG